UUAUCUAGCAUCCUGCUCAUAGCAAGUCUCGCCUCCUUUGGUCCUCAAGCCCACCGUAUCCUAUCGUACAAGACAUGUGUCCGGAUCGCUCCGUUCUACCUCCUCCUGAACCUCGUCUCGGCGACGGAGCAGUUCGCCCUGGGGCUGCACAUCAUCGUCGUCAGUGACCCCGGGACCCAGUGGAUCAUUAAAUCGCCUCCGGAUGUAGGAGACUACCUGAACACGUUGCAGUUCGCCGCUGUCUGGUUGGAGGGAAAAACCAGUUUCGCCCUUUUCCUGUGGUAUCCGCCCCGCCAACUAGGCACCAAGGUCACAGUCGUCACCCUCUACCUCCUCUUCCUCUGCAUCUCCAUCAUCCCCGUCAUCUUCGAGGCCACCCUCCCCGCCCAAGGCCUCAACGGCCCUGAGAACGACCGUCGCUGGUUCGCGGCUAUGUUUAUUGGCAUCCAUACGCUCUUCCUCGCUCCCGUCAUCACCGUGCUCAGUAGAACAGGCGCGCUAAGCCCCCACGGCCUAGCCCUACAGGCCAUGGUGUUCCUCGUCGCGGCGCUGUACUGGCCAUUCCGCUUCCACAUGCCCCUCCAUGGCAUCCCCUGGGGCUACUGGUACCAGACAAUAGGAUGGGCGGCCGUGGACAAUGCCUUGUUCGUGCUGGUGCAGGCUGUAUUGUGGUAUGUAGCGAGUCGG